AGCAUGACGUCACCACAUGUUGUGGACGUGUAUUUUCCAGGGUUGCCGUAUAAUUUUCCAUUUCCUUCUCAUUUCGAUUAAAUUUAGGCCGAUCAGUAGAGUUUUUCCCGCCCGAUCGGCCCGGAAACCUGGAGAGAAGGUUUUUCUGUUGGAGUAGAGUUUGAAAUCGGACGGUUUGGAGGCGAAUCAGUCAAACAAAACGGCGCGAAACCGACGGACGGAAAGCCCUGCAUGCACAGAUCUCCGACAUGGUUCUACAAGAGUUUUGAGGUGGAGUUUGACCUGAGACUUGCCUUCAGUCAGGCCUUCUGUGAUGCUAUAGACCUGACACACCUGGCACAACACUUCAGGAUGAGUAAGCUGGCAGCAAACAGCCAGUUCUACACAGUAGAAGUUGGAGACAGCACCUUUACUGUACUCAAGCGUUACCAGAACCUCAAACCCAUCGGAUCAGGAGCACAGGGCAUCGUAUGUGCUGCGUACGACACGUUGACGGGACAGAAUGUAGCGAUUAAGAAGCUGAGUCGUCCGUUCCAGAACGUCACACAUGCCAAGCGCGCCUACCGGGAGUUCGUGCUCAUGAAACUAGUCAAUCACAAAAAUAUUAUAGGUCUGUUAAAUGUCUUCACUCCACAAAAGUCUUUAGAAGAAUUUCAAGAUGUGUACCUUGUAAUGGAGCUGAUGGACGCUAACCUGUGCCAGGUGAUUCAGAUGGACCUGGACCACGAGCGCAUGUCCUACCUCCUGUACCAGAUGCUGUGUGGCAUCAAGCACCUCCACUCAGCCGGCAUCAUCCACAGAGACCUGAAACCCAGUAACAUCGUGGUGAAGUCGGACUGCACGCUGAAGAUCCUGGACUUCGGACUGGCGAGAACGGCCGGCACCAGCUUCAUGAUGACCCCUUACGUCGUGACCCGGUACUACAGGGCACCUGAGGUCAUCCUCGGCAUGGGGUACACGGAAAACGUUGACAUCUGGUCGAUGGGCUGUAUAUUGGGGGAGACCGUGAAGGGGACAGUCAUGUUUCCUGGUACAGACCAUAUCGACCAGUGGAAUAAGAUCAUCGAGCAGCUGGGAACUCCGUCCCAAGACUUCAUGAAGAGACUGCAGCCGACGGUAAGGAACUACGUCGAGAACAGACCCAAGUACGCAGGGUACUCCUUCGAGAAGCUGUUCCCAGACGUACUAUUUCCAGCAGAGUCCACAGAACACAACAAGUUGAAAGCGAGCCAGGCACGCGACCUCCUGUCCAAGAUGUUAGUGAUCGACCCCUACAAGAGGAUAACAGUUGACCAAGCCCUGCAACACCCCUACGUCAACGUUUGGUACGACCCGAGUGAGGUGGAGGGGCCUGCCCCCAUCCCGUAUGACCACUCUAUUGACGAGAGAGAGCACACAGUAGAACAGUGGAAAGACCUGAUCUACAAGGAAGUGGUGGAUUAUGUGCAGAAGUUACUGUACGGGAAACUGCCACUUAUAGGCAACUCAGCAUCAGCAUAGGCGAUACCUGCAGCACGUCUUGACGCCGACGCGACCCGGACGCCGACCUCUCAACCCUGGCGACCUUUCAACCUCGACCUCGUCUCGUCUGACGCUCGUAGAUACAAAAA